UUGAUUCAGAAUCGUUUAAAUACACAAGACUUGUUAUAAGCCGCAGAAUUUCCAUUGCAAAAUGUCAAAUUUGCGAAUAAGAACCCCAGCUCCCUCAUCUGACGAUACCAGUACCGCUGGACUCGCCAUGAAGGAGCUGUCCGGCUACGAGAAUUCGGGUUUGACUUUAGAUGAUCAAGAUCAGCCAUCUAACUCAUUCACUGACCAAGAAGGUCGCGCUUACUCGACAAUGAGCUUAGAUAACCGAUCGCACGAUAGGAAAUUCAGUCCUUACGCCAUGGACUCCGUCAGGGGCCGACUUCCAUCUUUACCACAUGCCAAAAGUUGUGAUGAAGAGCCACCUCCGUUGUCGUUCACUGAUCGUGAUGGUCGAGCUUAUUCAACAAUGAGCCUGGAUCGUCGAUCACACGAUAGAGUCUUUAGUCCGUAUGCUAUGGACUCUGCGGAUAACGAACUGGGGGAGUUACCGCCUCUUCCACCCGCAGAUAAAAGCUACCUUAACCCGGGGUAUGAGGGAUACGAAGAAGUAAAAGGAAAACCCAGGCACCGCUCGAGUGAUUAUGAGACUCCAGCAGAUGUCUUCAAUAAACACAAAUACCCGAUCGACGUCUACCAAUCCAUAGCAGACGCCAAGAUUGCUGUAUCGAACCCUGCAUAUGGGAGCCAUCCCAGGAAGAAGAAAAACAAACUGUAUGAGGGGUCAACAAAAGGAAAUGACCCAACUAAGAACUGGAAAGAUUUGCAGGAUGUGGAAUCACAGAGCGGGUGUCGACGAGGAUGGAGAGAAGCUUUGCUAGCCCGAGUCUGUCUAGGAUUGGUUUUACUCUGUUCAUUGUUAUCACUGCUCCUCGUUAUUCUUGUUCUCACAAGAACUCUGCCUGGCAAAACUACAGAAGAUGUAGGUUCCUCGGCCCAGGCCUACUCCACCUCAGAUGAACAAAUUUCUCAAAGACUGGCGCAAAUACAACAGAACUUGACGAUCCUUCAGGCGCUAUUGCAGAAUAAUAGUAACCAAGGCCUGGAUCUCAAAGACGUUAAUGGAAGCAUAACACUUGCGUCUAUCGAAAACCUUUUUAAAGCCAAGAUAACCCAAGCGUCUGAUGAGCUACGUGCGUUUGACAGUGAUCUGAUAACCCGGCUACAAAGCGUCAAUAUAACAUUAAAUGAACAGAUCAAGGCCCUAUCCGAGAAAGAGGGACUUCCUGGAGUCAAUGGCACCUCUGGGCCACCGGGACCUCCAGGGGAUAUGGGCCCUCCGGGGCUGAAUGGGACCCGUGGCCCCCCAGGUCCCGCUAAUUUCAGCGCGUGUGAAUAUAAGACAGAAAUGAAUGACGGCAAGGCGCAAGGCGCUGGGUCAGAUGUGGCUGUCAAUCAAAUAGAGCCUUUGGACUACGUUCUGAUAGGCGCAUCAUGCUCUACUGAAGGGGCGCAGGAACAUAACCUGAGGGUGGUGGGAAAGAACUUUAUUUGCACGUGUAAGGGCCAGUCGAAGCUCUUUCCUCCUCCAUCUGGCACCUCCUUAAUCAAGUGUUACCUCCAUUACUGGCUGUGCCCGAGAUUGGUGUGACCACAGCACGGUGGUCUCAGACAAACGCCCUGGCCUAGUAAAACGCCAUAUUAGAUUGGAUUUAAUUACAGUAAUCCCACCUUACCUACAGGGCAAACCACCUGAGAGAAUGUAUUCCUCAAAAUACAUUCCAUUGCUGUUAAUCUAAUAAGCAAAAUAUCCUAAUAAUCCUAAUUAAGAGCUUUUUUUUAACUUUUAACGAUUUCGUACUAUGAGCCAGUAAAAAGGCCAAGAAUGAACAUAUCCAUCUUAGAAUUUAAAAGUGUUUAUAUUUAAGGUUUGACUGAUAGAAUUUUCAAGAGAGGGAGGGGGUCCCCGGGGGUUUCUGGGUUUGACUAAAUACAAACAACUUAAAAAAUGAAUAAUAUCGUCAUUUAUCAAGCAAUCGAUUCAUACAUGUAACGCUUGAUACAUAUUUAGGUAUAUGUAAACCGCGCGUUCAUCUAAAAAAAAUCGCAUCCCCAAGCAAUUUUCUCCACGUCCGCCGCCCCUGCAAACUAAUAAAAGUAAUAUAAGUACGGUAACGAUUACCAUAGAAAGACAAAUUUCCAGUUCUACUCCUAUAGGACGGGAGGGAAGGGACAGGUUUUAGUUAUCGUGAUUUAUUGUGUAAAUAUACUUUCAUAAAAACCUUCGCUGUGCGAAGAAGGUAGUAUUAUAUAUUAUACCAGUAAUCAAUACAUAGUGUACAUAGCUAAUAAAUGGAAAUACGGUC